AUAUUUUUCCAUAUUACAUAUAAUUAUUUAUAGCAAUGAAAGUUUCCAAAGUAAUUAAAAUGUAAGUGAAAGAAAUGUGAAUAUGUGAGAAUACACCGAAAGAAAAUCUAUUAAAUCAUUAUUACGUAAAUUUAUAUUGGGCCAGACCCAAACAAAUGAGAUAAUGGGCCAUUGGUUUCAAAAACCCGUCAAUCGCCUAGCUUGUGUAUCAUCAAAAGCAGGCAUGAUCAGAUCUAGACCGUCCAAAAUAGGGAUUUCAAAAAAAAAAAAAAACUAUCAAACCUCUCUGCUUCACUUAAUCUGUGUGUUGCCUCUUGAAAAAACCCAUCAUAAACCCUUCUUUACCUUUGUGCUCAUCUUCCUUCCUCGUUAUCAACAGUCUCAAUCGAAACCGAUUCAUUGAGAAUGACGGAGAUGGUAACGCCUGGAGACGUGCUCGGUAAUGCGGCUGAGUUAAAACCCGGGAAAGGAGCUUACGUCAACGACAACACCAUCUACGCUUCCCUCACAGGAUCUCGCCGGAUUGUUUCUCCUCUUCCCGAAUCUCUUGACCAGAGAGCUACUGUGGAAGUUACUGGUCACAAGGCGCAUGGACUUAUCCCCGAGCCUGGCUCUCUUGUCUUAGCUAGGGUUACUAAAGUUAUGGCUCGUAUGGCUUCUGUUGAUAUCUUGUGUGUUGGUUCAAAGGCCGUUCGUGAAAAAUUUGCUGGCGUAAUCAGGCAACAAGAUGUUAGAGAAACAGAGAUUGACAAAGUUGAGAUUCAUCAGUCUUUCCGUCCUGGUGACAUUGUUAGAGCUGUGGUUCUGUCUCUUGGUGACUCACGGGCUUACUAUCUGUCAACUGCUAAGAAUGAGCUUGGUGUGGUCUCUGCUGAGAGCGCUGCAGGUGAAACAAUGGUUCCGAUUAGUUGGACAGAGAUGCAAUGUCCUUUGUCUGGCCAAACCGAGCAGAGGAAAGUUGCCAAGGUGGCCUAAUUUGAAUGACACUACAGAUAAUCUGGCUUCUAUCAUAGAUGUGUGUCUCUACAACAAGAAAAGACAUGUUUGAUUAUUACAGUUUUGAGCUCUUUUGACAUGCUUUAACUUAAAAGACCAUGUUUUGUCAAGUGCAAAAGCAACUUGCCUUUGUUCCUAAACUCAGAAGACAUUUCAAUGAAAGGGUUAAGAGAGAAUGAAUUUGAAUGUGAGCC